UUUUAACACUUUGAAAGGAUAUUUACUCAGACUUUCAGGUUAAUGAGCGACAAAAUGUCACAAAACAUUAUGUUUGAGUUUCAAUGUAGUUUGUUAAAUGCUGCUGAAGCACUAUUUGUUUUACUAUUUCGGUUGCAUCAACUCAUUCAACGUUUUUGAAGCUACAAAAUUGUGAUAUGUUGUCUGAUGCUGAGAAAAGGAAGCAAAUAAGUGUUAGAGGGAUUGCUCAGUUGGAAAAUGUGACAAAUCUUAAAUCUGACUUCAACAGACACUUGCAUUUUGAUGGUGUUAAAGAUAGGAACGUCGCAACGUCCCUCGACUUCUACCAAGCGUUAGCACGUACAGUUUGGGAUCAUCUGUGCUCUCGAUGGAUUCGAUCUCAGCAGUUUUACCAUAGAGAGGAUCCAAAGCGCAUAUACUAUUUGUCCUUAGAAUUUUACAUGGGCCGCACUUUGACCAAUACAAUGCUGAAUGUAAAUAUUGCUGCUGCAGUAGAUGAGGCGAUGUACCAAUUGGGACUGGAUAUUGAGGAACUAGAGGAAAUGGAGUCUGAUGCUGGUCUUGGCAAUGGUGGGUUAGGACGUCUAGCUGCCUGUUUCUUGGAUUCAAUGGCAACAUUAGGGUUGGCCGCUUAUGGAUACGGCAUCCGUUAUGAUUAUGGCAUUUUUGAACAGUCUAUUCGCGAUGGCUGGCAGGUUGAAGAACCCGACGAGUGGUUACGCUUUGGAAACCCUUGGGAAAAAGGUAGACCAGAAUAUUGCUAUCCUGUCAACUUUUACGGGCGUGUUGAAGAUGCUGGAAAUGGACGUAGACGAUGGGUUGAUGCUCAUCCAGUCUUUGCAAUGCCCUAUGACACCCCAGUUCCAGGGUAUAGAAAUAACACUUGCAAUACUCUUCGGCUGUGGUCUGCCAAAGCUCCAAAAAGUUUUGAUCUCGGUAUAUUUAAUAUGGGUGAUUACAUAAACGCUGUAUGUGCACGUAAUCAUGCGGAAAAUAUAUCCAGAGUUCUUUAUCCAAAUGACAAUUUCUUUGUUGGGAAGGAACUUCGCCUUCGUCAAGAGUAUUUCUUAGUUGCUGCCACUUUGCAGGAUAUAAUUCGGCGUUUUAGAAGUAAUGAUUCCCACCAUCGAUCGUUUGAUGAAUUUCCCAACAAAGUUGCUAUCCAAUUGAAUGACACACAUCCCUCACUGGCAAUUCCUGAAUUACUACGUAUCUUAGUUGACUUGGAAGGUUUAGAGUGGAAAAAAGCAUGGGAUAUAAGUUACCAUACAUUUGCGUAUACAAACCAUACAAUCUUGCCUGAAGCAUUGGAACGUUGGCCUGUCACAUUAUUGGAGCAUAUAUUACCACGUCAUUUAGAAAUUAUCUAUCAAAUUAAUGCUGAGUUCUUAGAUAUUGUACGUGCGAAAUGGCCAAACGAUGAUGACCGUAUUCGUCGUAUGUCAUUGGUAGAAGAAGAAGGUGAAAAACGUAUUAAUAUGGCCUACUUGUGUAUUGUAGGAUCUCACACAGUUAAUGGAGUCGCAGCAAUACAUUCGCACUUAUUGAAAACUCAAACUUUCAAAGAUUUCGCUGAAUUAUGGCCAAAUAAAUUUCAGAAUAAAACAAACGGUAUUACACCUCGUCGUUGGUUGCUAUUAUGUAAUCCAAAUUUGUCAGACUUAAUUAUGGAAGGAAUGAAUGGCAGUGAAUCAUGGAUUGUUAACCUUAACGAAAUCGCUCAGUUAAAAUCACGUGUAAAUGAUGUUAAUUUUCUACGUCAGUUGAUACGUAUCAAACGGGAAAACAAGGCUAAAUUUGCUUCUUAUCUAGAACAACAUUAUGGUGUAACAAUCAACCCAGCAUCUCUAUUUGAUAUCCAAGUCAAAAGAAUUCAUGAGUACAAACGUCAACUAUUAAACUGUUUACAUGUCAUCACUUUGUACAAUCGUAUUAAAGCUAAUCCUGAAAUACCAAUCUGUCCACGUACAGUUAUGAUUGGGGGUAAAGCUGCUCCAGGUUAUCAUAUGGCCAAACUUAUUAUCAAGUUGAUCAAUUCUGUAGGUAAAGUUGUCAAUAAUGAUCCAGUUGUACGUGGUAGAAUUAAACUUAUUUUCCUUGAAAAUUAUCGUGUAUCUUUGGCUGAAAAAAUAUUCCCCGCCGCUGAAUUGUCAGAACAAAUUUCUACAGCUGGUACAGAAGCGUCGGGUACCGGUAACAUGAAAUUUAUGCUUAAUGGAGCUAUGACUGUUGGUACUAUGGAUGGAGCGAACGUAGAGAUGUGCGAAGAAAUGGGUCGAGAGAAUAUGUUUGUAUUUGGUCUAACCGUAGAGCAAGUUGAUGCUCUUCACAAAGUUGGCUAUCAUCCACAAGAAUAUAUUGAAAAAGAACCAGAAUUGAAAUUAUGUCUGGAACAAAUUCGGGAUGGCUUCUUCUCUCCGGAAAAUCCACAUCUAUUUAAAGAUAUAUAUAAUAGCUUAGCAUUCGAUGAUCGCUUCCUGCUAUGUGCAGAUUAUGCAAGUUAUAUACGUGUGCAACAAGAAGUUGAGGAAGCUUACAAAGAUGAACUAAGAUGGUCAAAAAUGAUGCUUAUGAAUAUUGCUUCCUCCGGGAAAUUUUCUUCUGAUCGUACUAUACGUGAAUAUGCUCGAGAUAUAUGGGGUGUUGAGCCAUCAACCAUUAAAUUACCACCUCCAUUUGAACCAGCUAUAGAAAAGAAAUAGUUUUAUCAAACAAAUAUUCAGACGUUCACCUUUUAUGAAUACACUUUUUUGUCCUAUUUCUUCACGACCUGUUCCCCUAUUGUCAUUUAGUCUAGUUAGUAAUUUGAAAAAAAGAAAGAAAAUAACUUUUUCCUUGGUUUAAAGAAAAAAAAUUAUUCUCUCCUUUCCUUUACAUGUUAAUGUUUUUCAACCUACAAUAAGUAUUUUAUGUAGAGAAUAUUUUUAAUUCCCCUAUUAUAAUGUUAUCAAAUUACCAAUAACUCGCUAAUUAUGACUGCUAUAUGUUAUUCUUAUUCAGUAUGUAUUCAAUUCGUAAUGUUAUGCUUGAAUUAGAUCUGAUGCAAACAAACACAUCAACAUAAAUUAUGAUUAUCAUACUGUAACAGAAUGCGUUCAUCCUUGACUUCCUCCUUUUCUCUCUUCUUUAUUUAUAAGUAUUUAGAUCACUAAUAGUAGUAUUGGUAUUAACCAUUGUCAUAUAAGGGAACUAUCGUUUGAUUAUUAUAUUGGGGGGGGGGGUGGAAUGAAAGUUUAUUUGCUUGUGCUCUUGAGUUUUACAAACAUGACCUUUCUAAUUAGUUUAUUACUUAAUGUAAUAUUGUUAUGACUAAUAUUUGUUUCUUAUUUGUUUGAUUGAUUUCAACUUAGUUAUUUUUAAGCUAAAUAUUAAAAAAAACUCAAUAAAAUGUGACUAAUAAGUGUCUAUUAGUCAAUAUAAGACAAUAGUUUUUAAAUUGUUUCUAUAACUACAUCAUAUUUGUAGCCUCUUACCCAUAAAUCUAGUAAUUUCAUUAACAACAAAAAUAAUAAUGGUUCUUUACUAUUGUUUUGGAAAUCUCAAUUAUUGUUCAUUGCUUUUAUAAAUUUGUUCAUAGAAAGAAAUAUCAAUUGGGUAUAUAACAAUGAAUGAAAUAUUGUCUUACAACUAGAAUGGCAUGUUAAUGAUUAUGUUUGCGUUCGAAUUCCCA